AUGUCCUUACCGCAGCCAUUAUGCAUCUGCUUAGUGCGACCUCCUCUAAUGGCACUUUACAUGCAAAACAAGGAUGACAUAUUUUUCAUGUCCUGCCCGGCUGAUCUAACCAAUAAUUCUUUUGCCGAAAAUUUCGGUCCAACAGAAAUCGAAGGGGGUGAAGAUUUUGCGCAACCUGAUUUCACAUUUGGAUUCUAUGAGAGAGACGUGGCUUUGGUUAUGGAACUUUACAGCACCGAAUCCAAAAUGAUAUUUCCAACUACAUGUUUGAGAGUCUUUCUCAACCUCAAAGCUUUUGACGUUAUGACGUUGUGA